ACAAUUUGUCAUCAAUUAGGACGCAAUAUUGGCAGAUUGGGUAGCACUUUUUAUUGCAUUCUACUCCAAAUCGGACCCAAAUCUUCAACUUGACUUAUCUCAACUACCUUACUAACCUAAUCCACUACACCAUCUACUUCUCAAUAAAUCUAUAGCUAUUGCCCACCACCUUAUAUAUCAUCUUUCUACAUUUAGCUAGUUCGCAAUCCCUAUUUUAAAAAUGAAUAACGGCGAAUCUAAAAGUGGCGUUGGCUAUCUAGCUCGCCUUGAACAUUUUCAUCAGCUCGAUAAAGAGAGGGAGGAUAUGAUUAAAGAUUUAAUAGCUAAAUACGAUGACCUCGAGCAGCGCUUCGAGUUGAAAUGUAAAGAAUUUGAUAAUGAGGUUCAAACACGCUCUAUAUACCAAUCUCGAGCCAAUGAUGCUGACACGAAGCUCACAAAUAUUCGACAUAAAAUGGAUGUUAAUUCUUUUGCUAUUGCUAUUAUCGAUGGCGACGGCGCCGUUUUUCGUGACGAUUGGAUUAGGAAGGGUGAAGACGGCGGCGCGAUGGCCGCCCAUCAAUUGCGCGACGACAUUAAGAAGCAUCUUAAAGAAGCUUAUCCCGAUGUUAACAUCGAGACGUGGCAUAUAAUGGUUCAGGUCGUUCUUAACCUUGAGGGCCUCUCUAGAAAGCUUUUUUGUGUUGACCUCGCAAAGAGCAUGAGCGAGCUAUCCGCCUUCGCUCGUGGAUUUAGUCGUGCUCAGGGGCUUUUUUCUUUUAUCGACGUCGGCAAGGGCAAGGAGCAGGCCGAUUUUAAAGUCCGCGAAACGCUACGCUUGAUGGUGCAUAAUCUUCAGUGCAAGCAUAUUAUCUUUGGGCCUUGCCACGACAAAGGUUAUAUCGUCGAACUCAGGCCCUAUCAGCUCGAGACGUCUAUUCUUAACAAGAUCACUUUACUUGAAACUACCCAGCCCCCGCGCGAAUUUAGCGAGCUGGCGUUCCGCAGAGUCAAGUUUAACGAUGUUUUUCGCUCCGAACUCCUUCCAGAAGGCUGGCUUCCGCCAACUCCUCCACCGUCGACAAGCAAACCAACCCCAGUAACACCAUCCUCAGUAAACAAGGCAAUCAACUAUUCCGCUAUCGCUUCUUCGUGGACUAGCACGAUUCCGUUUGUCAAUAGCUUCAAAAAGCCUGUGGCCACGCCGGUGAAAUCGAUAAAAGCAUCUCCCCGCAAGUUUUAUUUUGUUAAUGCCUCGGGUCAGCGUGUCGAUGGGCCCCUACCGCAAGCCGAUGCCUACUCCGAACAGCGUUUCAAAGACCGUUGCGAAGAAGAGGGAAGCAGGAAGCCCUGCAACAGAUACCAUCUACAUGGUAUCUGCGAGGAAAAUGCAUGCUUGUACUACCACGGGGACCCCCUGAGCCCGGGCGAGCAGCUCAUCUUACGAGUUAAAGCCAGAGGCUCUUUAUGCAAUUACAAGAGCUCCUGUAAGAGCAUUGACUGUUAUUGGGGCCAUCAUUGCAAGUAUCAGAAGUGCCAAAGACUUAAUUGCGCCUUUGUUAAUACUCAUGGGAUUGACUUAACUCCUGCGGAGAAAGUUUACGAAGAUGGCUCACGAGAGGUUUUAUCUCCUUAAGAAAUAUGGCGGCCUAGUAUAUAGGACUUGCGCAAAAUCGUCGCCGACGUUGUUACCGGCGUAUUUAAAUAUUAUUUUUGAGUUACUUAUGAUACAAUAAAAGAUGUAAUAGAUGAGAGUGGAUAUGCUUUUUAUUAUGAGAGAGAGCUAUGUACAGAUUAUGGUAAUAUGUUAUGGUUUACAGUGUGCUUGUCAGGGUUAUAACACAAGCCUUCUAAGGCUAAUUGAUAACCCUCACACAUCAAAUGAUCUUACUUCUUUGGUUUACGCUCCUUUUUUGGCGUGCCCGAAAAGAUGAACAUAUAUGUUCGAUACAAGGCUGUGAGUACUGCAUAAUGCUCAUAGACACCUAGCAGUCGGAAAAACAAGGCGUUAUCUUCCUUCUCUGGUGUACAUUCCUUUGGUUUAUUUCCCUUCUUUGGUGGCAUUUUUUCAGCGUACAGUUUUGUGUUUAUGUGUAUGUUUAGAUUUACGAUAGUAGAAGUUAUCUGUAACAGGUAGGUAAUUUAGUUUACUCUAUUAGAAACAAUGAAGAUUUGAUUGAAAGGC